AUGGUCGACCGCGACUUGGGGGCGCCGAAGGCGCCUGCGCCUGGCGCGGAAAACAUAUCCUUCACAGAUGCUGUGUCUAGCUCAAGGAUGGUGUCUUCGCUACUGAUGAACCAGGAUAGGAACAUACAGGUGGCGCGUAGUUUCACCCGCUGGGAGCAAGGGCGUGAAUCCGGAGCAUCCAACGACAACAACGUGAACAUUUUCGACUCCAUGGUUGUAGAAACUGACAGGGGUUAUGCUGCGCAGUCUUCUCCUGGCAGCGCGACAAAUAACACGUGUCUCACGUACGGAAAUGUCAUGAGGCGUGGCUCCCAUGCAAACACCAGUGAAAUCGCAGAAGCUGGCACCUCGCGUUACUCACUCAGCACGCUUGGUAGUAGCCGGGGCAAACAACGUGGCAACUCUACCCCGUCGGACGCGGAUUCCUCCAUGUCCAGUGAUAUUGAAAUCAAUGCGAACAUGAUGAGUCGCAAAACUGCGUUGGGAGCCCUGAUGCGUGACCGAGGUAAGAGCGUCCAGCGUGCGAAGAAGAUGAGUGCGAACGCGUUGGACACGUACAAGGCUCCGAGCCGUUUAACCUCGCCAAGGCAGCCGAAGACAUCAACGCAGCCAAAUACAGUGCCCGUAGCUGGAGGCGAUGCGGCGGCGGCGGACAAUACGACGCAUCGCCCUCCUAAGCUCACGCAUGGUAAAUCUCCAGCCAACCUCAACGAAACGAAGGGGUCAACCAGCCCCGGCAAACACGAGGAAAAAGAAAGCAGCCCUACUCCUGGAGACACAAGUAGCACCAAUAGGGAAGACCUCUUUUCCAAGAUAAAGCGUGCUGUUACCCGGGACCUGUCGGACGAUGUACGCCCUCCGCUGAUUCACUCCUUCGCAAACAAAAUACUCGGCAUGCGCACGCCGUGGCAGCUUCCAAUGAAAGAACGCAGUCUGCGCAACAACGUGCAGCAGCUCAUCAGUUUUUUCAGGGUGCUCGAACGGUACGUCGAGGAUCAGGUCUACCGUUACGGUCCGUCGCUGCACCCGAGGCUGGAUAAGGUUUACAACGACGUAUACGCUAAGAUUGACCAGAUGUUCAAAAAGAUCACGGACAAGGGCAUAUCUCAGGUGGACGAGCCUAGAAGAAUCGCAGUUGUCGGUAAUGAAGUGUAUGACAUUGGCGACCAUCACCCAAGGGGCUCUCCAAUUUACUACCAAAAGUUCGUCAUUUUCGACCUGUCUCAAGACAGUUCCAAUUUCUCUAACGAACACGGGGAUGUGUUUAACAGGCAGGUUCUGAGUUUUCCCAUGAACAGCCGCGGGUUGCCUUCGAUGAGUUACCUCUGCUCCGUAACGUCAGCCGUCCUCUUUUGGUUGGACUUCUACAACAGGGACAACUUGGUCAUCUUCAACUAUGCUGCUCUGAAUUACAACAUGUUGCUGACGUUUGCGUGCUCAAUUUUAGCAUCGCAGCCCGUGGCAACGGCCAACGAAAUAAACCAGAUGAUCACAAACUCUUUCGACUGGAGGAAGAAGUGUCGCAAGGUCGCCAGCGGAGCUGCGAAGGCCACUUCGGACCAAAUGCACCAAAGCGAGCUGCCGCAAAUGAUUCCAAUCGCUCGGUGGCCCCCCUCGUACAAGCGGUACAUGAGCUACUUCCUCAGCCUUUAUGCCACGCCGGUUGAUUUCGUGGUUGCGCAACAAUUCAAGUUAAGGCACAUCACCCUCAUCAACUGUUUACUGCCGGGUACCGACGUGACGCUGGAGGUCUACAAAGUCGGCCCAGAUGCUGUAGAGGCUGCCAACUUCCAAAAGCGGGGUAAUCUGGAGUGCAGCAAGGAGUGCGCCAGGUAUUCCGCAGUUUUCUACCCCAAAUGUGCGUGCGGCGGCAAAGAGCGAGAUGGAGCCAUGCUUAUAGCGUGUUCUGCAGAUUACACUGUGGUCUCGAAGUCAACGAAGUCCAAAUCCGGCAAACACGGUUACGUUGGGGAGGUGAGGUUCGACUUCUCUCUUGAUGCUGAAGGGAACAGACGGAAUGCUGUGAUAUCGGGCGAUGUCGCCAUUGCGCUUAUUGCGGUGUCCAUGAAGCAGAGGAAGGUGAUAGCUACGUACAGCUUCAAUACGGGUUUCGUCAGCAGCGACAUGAUCGAAGUCCCCAAAGCUGAACUCGACAUAUGGGACACUUCCUGCGCCAUUCAGCCGCAGGGCCAGAUGACCAUUGCCAUGGAAAGCAGACCGCUGUACAGUGGUGAUAGUAGGAAUAAGUCAAUUCCUCCUGCUGUUAUAACCCCUCCAACGUCUGAUGUCGGUGUUUUCAUGAGACACCACGUGGCUAAGGUGUCUUCGGAUGAUGCGAAGGCACUUGUGAAUGCCACUGGCCUCUCCUACGAUACGUGCGCAUUCGCACUCAAGCUGUGUCCAAGAUACAUAGAUGCCAUGGCUAUUCUGAGCGCACUAUUCGUCCCGAAGAAGUUGAAAGUUGAGAUGGAAAACAAUUUGUACCGUUCGCCUCGGUCGCCCACAAUAGAAAUACCGAUUGUCGCAUCUCUAGAUUCACCGAGAGUGGAUAGUGCGCGCAUAUACAGCCCUACGGGUGGACUGAGUCGUGGAUAUUCCGUUAUAUUGACGCCUGGCACCAGCAUCGGGGGCAUGGCACCCAUUAGCAGAAUUGGUAGCUUUGCAUCUGGUGCUGGCAUUGGUAUCGACGGUGGUAUCGCAGGCUACGAUGUAGACCCUAGGAUUGGACUGAUUUCAACGCAUGCCGGCGCAGCAAACCGAAUGGGAUUGGUAAGUCAUGAUUCUGGGUUGCGUCCUGAUACAGAAGGCCGUGAUUACUUUACGGAUGGCAAUUUGGGUGACAGCGUCGACAUUGGAACGCCCACUGGUCGUCGAUCUAGAAUCGCACGGGCAGCGUGCCGCAGUGAUCCUGAAGCUUUGUACGAUGGGGGGGCUGAAGUAGGAGGCAUACGCAGUUCCCAUGGUCGUAGGUCUAGAGUCGCAGGACAUACAAGCCAAAUCGCUGAUGACCUCGUCAGUGAUAGUGAUGGCGAAGCUGUAGAAGUUGGAACUGUGUCUGGAUUUAGCACCAGAAUUUCAGGAAGGCGAACCCAUAUAGAUAAUGAAGCAAUAGGUGAUACUGAAGCUGUAGAAGUUGGAACUCCGUCUGGAUUCAGAUCCAGAAUCUCAGGAAGGGGAACUCAAAUCGAUAAUGAAGCAAUAGGUGAUGGUGAUGAUGAAGUCGGAGAUCUGGGAACACCGUCUGGGCGUACGUCCAGGGUUACACGACCCGCAUACCGAAUAGAUAACGAAGCACUAUACGAGAGGGCUACUGAAGUUGGAGGCGUGGCAACGUCUCGGAGCAGGUCUAGAAUCGCGCGUGGCACAGUCGAAAUUGAGGGUGAGGCUACAGGCGAUAACGGAGAUGAAAUUGUAUAUAUAGCAACUCCAUCUGGUCACAGGUACAGAGUCCCACGGAGUGUACAGCAAAUUAGUAAUGAAGCUACGGAUGGUAUGGGAAGUGAACUGGGUUCCACCGCGACCCUUGCUCGUGGUGCUGCAUUGGCGGGGGGCGUCGUAGCCGAUGCGGCUACAGCAAUGCAGGAUGGCGUCCACGCAACACAAUUAGGAACCGGCAGUCUAAAGCAAGAUGUCGGAACGAGACUGCGCAUCGCAACGGACGUUGGAAAACUAGGCGUUGAAACGCAGGCCGGAAUCGAUAAUGAUGGCAGGAUCGGCGGGGCCUAUACGCUGUCUAAUGAUUCGACUGUCAAGAUACAAAGGCUUGCCAACUUAAAAGACGUUGAAGGUGCUGAAAGCCUUACUGUAGACCAGGUGGAGCGCAUAUUGGUGGAAUCUGAUGGCAACAUGCAGCUGCUGUUAGUGGAUGGCACCACGAGGCCUGUGCCUAAUAACAGCGUGAGCUCACUCCUGCAGAUGUUCGGCCCCCCCCAAAGUCAUCCGUAUGAUCAUGGCAAAUUGGUAUCGCAAGAUGGCGUCCCUGGGGGCGCAGAGAUGCUGAAGCGGGGUGGUGGUAUACCUUCGGGCGCAUAUCCAGCAAAGCUGGCAUCGAAGGCAAUACCACAAGGGGUGCCAAAAGCAUCGCCUCCGCCACCUUCGGCUGAUAAAGCAAAAUCGCCUCCUGACGAGCUCGAGCCUCAAGCUGCAGCUACAAGCCCAGACGCUCCCGUCGUUAAGAAACUGGCUCCGCCGAAGGCCAAAACCGUGCCGUCCAAACUUCCUCCGCCAUCGUCCAAACCGAAAGGCGCCCCUGCGAAAUCCGCCGCCCCGCCCAUGAAGAAGGGGCCGCCAUGUAAAAUGAAAGCUGCACCGCCGCCUCCGAUUCUGAAGGGCAAAGCGGCAGUGGCCAAGAAGCCGCCCCCGUUGGGGGUGCGCUUACACUGGAAGCCUCUUAACAUAAAUGCCGUCAAAGGCACCAUCUUCGAGAAUUUGCCUAAACCGUCGGCGGAGGACAAACUGUUCGACUCAACCCUGGUCAAGCAGCUUUUCAGCAAGGCGACUAUAAAGCGUCAACUUACCAUGAAGGCGCCUGAGCUUAAGCGACAGUUGCUAAAGGAGAUUCUAGAUCCCAAGCGUGCGCAGAACAUUGGUAUCAUUCUCCGGUUCAACAACGAGUCUCAGUUCGACGAGCUCAUAGACGCUUUGGACAAUCUGAAGCUUGAUGAUCCCAUAGUCAACAUCGACAACAUAUUCAAGAUCCAAUCUGCGCUGCCUCAGGGGCCUGAAGUCAGCGCCUUCACAGCCGUGCUACAAAGCAAGGCUGACCUAUCGGAAUUCAGGGACGUCGAGCAGAAGGUAUUCAAAAUUGUCAAGCGCGAUUUUAUGGAUGACAAGGUGAAAGUGGCGCAUUUCGCUCUGAACUACAAAACCCUUCUGGAGAGCAUUAAUAACCAGCUGGGUGCGUUCCAGCGAGCUAAUGAGCAGAUCGCCGGCAACGAGUUCCUGCCCAUUAUAAUGGGAGGCAUCCUGCAGUACGGCAACUUCGUUAACCAUGGCGAUGACACGGUGGUGCAGACUCCGGGGUUCAGCCUAUCGUCGGCGAUCAAGCUGAUCGACCUCAAGUCCGCUGACAACUCCCUGAGUUCGAUGCAUUAUCUGGUGGUCAACUUGGUCGUCAAGUUCCCCGACCUUGACUUCGCUACGUUUGACAAGUCCCUCCACCACGUGUUUGAGGCGGAGAAGAUCAGCGCCAACGGUGUGGACGAGCUUUUCGACGAGAUCCGGGAUGGACUUAACUUCUUACUGCGCCUCGUUGAACGGGUGCCCCAGGAUACCGUGCUGUACCGCAAGACCAAGGCUCUCAUAGCCGAGAGCACGGAAGCCACGGGCAUUGCGAGCGAGCGCCACGAAACCGUGUUCGAGGCCACCAGGACUACGUGGCGCUUCCUCGGCGAGGAAUGCAAGCAGGGCACAUCGCUGGACGAGAUAUUCCGAAUUCUCGCCGACUUCAUGCGAUGCAUCAAACGCGUGAUGAACGACAUCCAGCAACGUCCGUCGAAGUUCAUCGUUGCCAUCAACGACGAGGAGAAGCGUGAGCUCUACAACAGCAAAUUCUCUCUUUAUUUUCGCGCCUGCUGUGGCGGUAAUAUGGAGGAAGACGAGGGUGUGGAUUCCGACCUGGAGCUCGGCAUCGCGCUGUCGAUCUCCCAGCAGGCCAGCAGCGAAUCAGAGCGGCCGGUUCUGAAAACUAGGCGUCGCAGGCUGCUUCCGCCGGUGGCGGUGUGUCCGCGCAGCAAGAAGCUGCUGCGCAAUGUGUGUCUAAACGACCGGGCUGCCGCCCGUAGAAUCCACGGAAUCAUCGACGCGGCGUUCAAGACUCUCCACGCUGUAGGUGACGCCGAGGGCGAUCCCAGCGACCCGCUCGACGUGGACGCGCUCGAGCUUGCGUUGUUGCGGCUGGGAUUUGCGGUGGACGAGGCGCAGCUGCAGGACAUGUUGCGGUGCUACCAGCAUGACGGCACCGCCCCCGCCUCGUCGCAGCUUGCCGAAUUCGCCUUAUACACGCGUGAAACUGUGGGUAAUCGCAACGUGGAGUCAGAGUGGCGUCCCAAGGGCGCAGGCAGUAGGCUGCCCAUAGAACGCAUCGACCAAGGCACGUUCAGGGACAUAUUUCUAGACUGCAACCUUCGAAUGGAAAACAACGGUCUAAUAUAUUGA